AUGGACUAUGGUAUGUUGGUAUCAUUUGAUAUCCCUGAAAUAAUUGCAAGUAAUGAGAAUAUUGAAGCAACCAUUACUAACAAAGAUUCUGAAGUGGCCAAUACAAAUAAAAGUCCCAAAACAGCUGCUACAAAUGAAAGUCCCGAAACAGCUGCUACAAAUGAAAGUCCCGAAGCAACUGUAGUUAAUAAAAAACAUAAAAAAAAUAAUACAGAAUCUUGGGUUUUUAGAGAAGGUCAUUUUAAGCAUAAUCUUCAACAGGAACAUUAUGCUAAGUGUACAUACUGUGGAAAUGGUUUAAAGCAUGAUAAUACGACUGGAACUAGCUUAUUAAUUUGUCAUUUGAGAAACACAAAUUGUAAAAAACAUUUAAAGGUUAAUGAAUCACAACAAACAUUACAAUUAUCCGCAGCAGCCAUUAUUAAGAUAGAUUCACUUGAA